AUGUCGAGGCGUGCCGCAGCUCUUGAUUUCAGCAUCCGCUACGACGAGCUCGAGCAGCAGCGCGUCCAGCUCGAACACAACCUACAGCACACCGACCUCUCUCUCCAUCUCUCGUCUUCGCCAGACGACUACUCGGACGUCGAAUACCCGAGGCACAACUCUGUCAACUCUCCACCCUACUCUGCCUUUGCAUCGUUUGAUCAUCGCUCAGGCGACGACUUCGACCCUAACGAACAGAGCAGAUUCCAAGCGUGGUCAUAUCACACCGCCGACGCCGAGGAGGGAGUCCACACAUACGCCGCGGAGUCCCUGUCUACUGCAGCGCAUCAUGCGAGCGCCCUCACUAUCAGCGCUGGUCUGGGAGGUGGUCGGGGAGGAAGGAGAGACAUUAGCCUUAGCGGGGCAGAGUACGACCCGGAGAGGCCAUUACACGGCAUCGUGGCUGGCAUUACUGGCCGUCUCAAGGGAUUUGACGCCAAUUCCACAAAAUCGAGACAAAUUACGGCCAGUGCUGCGGACUUCGAUCCUCUGAUCGUCGACGACACGGCCGAGCUUGAUCGCGUUCUCCAGUCCGGACAUGCGCGUCAAGCCAACAUCCGCGCUGCCCGCUCAACCUCAUCUUCAUCCAGCUCUGACACAACGGAGCCUCUUUCGCCCCAGCCACAAUAUGAGUCAAGACCAAGGCUCUCGGACGCACUUAGCCACAUUGGCUUCUCUCCCAAGCGCCCAAGGAGUGCGCAGGGACUCCCUUCUCCACGCAUGGCGAGCCUCACUAUGCCUAACCGAAGUCCAACGCCCGACCGCGGCUCUCUAUCUCGCCAUUUGCCACGCGCAGCAUCUCCUAACGCGCUUCAAGCCUCGACUCCAAGAAUACAACGCCGCAUGAAUCAGUCGCUCUCUUACGCUCAGCCGAGUUUUUCUCAGAGCCCACUCGAGCCGGAGGUCAAUGUGCAACCCGCAACUCCAUCGCUAAGGGAGCGCGACCAGUCGUCCAAGUUCACCAACCUUGCCCGAGGUCUCGCGCGCGAAAUCGAAGAAGAGGCUGACGCGGUGUUGCGAGGCAGUCCCCAGCACGAGGCGACUCCCAAGGCUUAUCACCAUAGUACAUACGCCUCAAGGCCAAAACGACAAGCACGGAGUCCAUUCCAGGAAAAGGCUAGCGAAAGGCCAGAGAGGAGUGGUCAUCUCGCGACGCCCUUCAGGCAGCGCGUGCAUCUUCCAGACGUGACUGGUCUCACAUCGGCGAUUGCGUCCCCUUCCAAAAUCGACGUGGAGUUCUAUGGCUACGAUCCGAAGGAGACGACCGAACAUGAAGCUCGCCUGAUAGCCACUCUAAGCGUCGUUCAGAACAAGCUUUCACACCUGGAGGCCGAGAACAGCGUUUCCCGACGGCGCGUACGCGAGCUGGAACACGAGCUCGAGGCGUGCAAGAAAGAGGUCGCACGCGAGCGUACUCGGAUCCUGGAGCACGAACAAAGCGUUUUGCAUGCUGAGGCACCCGCCGCGGGCUCUCGCCAAUCUCGCGCCCAACAACAGCAACAACAGCGGCAGGCGCAGGAAGACGAAGCUGAUCUUGCCGGUGCGGAAGCCCGGUACAAGUCGGCCGUAGAAGAGAAGAAAGCGCUGGAAGCCUUGAUCAGCACUCUGCGGACGCACCUCUCGCGCCUAACCGCUGAGCUUUCUGAUCACAAGAAGCUCCUUCUGGAACUCCGGGCCCUGCGCGAUUCCGACGCUCGUACUCUUGCGGAGAAGGGCAAGCAGGUGGAUCAGCUUCGGCAAGAGGUCGAACGCUUGGCGGGCGAGGUCGAGGUGCUGCGCGGCGUUGUUGAAGAGGGUCUGAAGGAGCGGCGGGGCUUCCGCGAGCAGUCGGUGAGCCAUGAGCAAGAGACACGGACCGAGACCGCAGAUGUCAGCAGCGAAGAGGAGUCGUCAUCCGCGGAGUCUACCCAGAUGCAAGAGCCGCAGGGUACACAGCAGCAAGAACGCACCGCAGCCCGAGCUCCGUCACCACUUGCGGAGGAGAGCGAAGACGAGGAGUCAAUCGCAUCAUCUAGCCGUCGUUCGCCGACGCCGUCUCCUAGGAGGAAGCCCGCUGCGGCAGACAGGACGAUGCGGACCGAUCACGCGACGCUUGCAUCGUCUCAGGUCCCUAGUCUCAGUGUGUCCAGGCCGUUCUUGGACACCGAAGAAGUGAGCCGCAUCACGCAGGAGAUCGAAGAGCGCCGCUCCGAACGCUCUGCCUCUAUGCACUCGCGUUCAAGCGAGCAGUCUCGGUCCCGGUCACAAGAGGACUCGCGGAGCAGGCUCGUCAACGAGGGAAGGGCGUCUCGCCCAGUCUCACCAUCGAUGGCGUUCGACCAGGAUGCGUCUGUUUUCGCUCAAGAUGCACACCCCGACCGGUUCCCCCGCGCACCCGCAGAGAGCAGCCGGCCGUCAUCCCCACGAGCUGGGGCGUCCCAAGCGCAACCUCGACCUGCCGCGCCGACACCCGCAGCCGCUCUCCGCGACGGCCGUUCGAAGCGCCGCACGCAGACCGAGCCCGCUGCGGGUGAGCCUGAGACACCGUUCCCGCAGAUUCGCGGGACGCGUCUCGAGCGCCUGUUCUUCUCCGCCCCAGACCAUAAUGCGCAGACGUGCACAAUGUGCCAUCGGAGGCGGCGGAGACGGUCUGAUGUCGAGCACGCAGAAACGUGGUUGAACGAACGGGAGCGGGCACAGGGGAGGGAUAAGCGAGAGGCGCAUGCGGAGGAUGAGGACGAAGGCUACGCGGAGGGUCCCGAGGACAUGCAUGGGCGCAGGGAGCAGCAGGCGAGGGGCGCGAGGGACCGGCAAGACGAGCGGGUUCCGCCACAGACCGUGCUGGCACGGGUACUGAGGGAGCUCGAGGAUGACUUUACGCAUUAUAAGAGCAUUUAUGUCGAGCUUGCGGACCAGUACAAAGACAUGGAUCCAGUGUCAAACGUUGUGAAGCGCAACGUGCUCGCGGACCACCUGCGCGAAGUCAUUGAUAUCCUAGAACAGAAGGGUAACCAGAUCGCCUCCCUCUACGACCUCCUCACCUUCAAAGACAAGCCCGCCGGCGAGUCCGCCGUGCCGCAGCAGCCCACAGUGAAGCGGAUGCCCGCCACUGGGCCCGCGUUCGGCCGCGCCCAGGCCCGCAGAUACCCCAGCUCAUAGCCCCUCCCGCGCGACGCCCUACCUUUUCUCCUGUUCCCGUAUAUUUAUCCACGUGCGGACUCGACUGACGCCACCUGAGC